UAUUCCGUUCCACGUGUUGCUCUGGAGGCGCCACAGGUUCCUCACCUGCGCGGGCGGCGGGGGUCGGCGGCGGGGCUGGGCGCGCGCGCGGGCUAGCAGCCCGAGGCUGGGCGCGCGGUCCCCGGGCGCCCCGAGCGCCCCCGCGCUAACUCCGCCUCUCGCCUCCCGCCGCUCCGCUCGCCCGCCCCGCGUCCUGUCCGCGGCAAACAUUCGGGCGCCGAACUCGACGUGUCCGGAAAGCCCGGGCCACUUUCCCUUUCGUUCUGCGGCCGCCGCGCACCGACCUAAGCUCCCGCGGACCCGCGGGGACAGCGUCGCUCGGCGAGGAGCCCCGGGGAUCGCGGGCCGAGUCCAGGCACCCCAGCCAGCACUAUGCUCGACCCGUCUUCCAGCGAGGAGGAGUCGGACGAGGGGCUGGAGGAGGAGAGCCGCGAGGUACUGGUGGCUCCGGGCGGCUCCCAGCGAGCGCCGCCGGCCACGGCUCGGGAAGGGCGGCGGGACGCACCGGGACGCUCCGGUGGUGGCGGUGGCGGCGGAGCGGCCAGACCCGUGAGCCCGAGCCCCUCGGUGCUCAGCGAGGGACGAGAUGAACCCGAGCGGCAGCUGGACGAGGAGCAGGAGCGGCGCAUCCGCCUGCAGCUGUACGUCUUCGUGGUGAGGUGCAUCGCGUACCCAUUCAACGCCAAGCAGCCCACCGACAUGGCCCGGAGGCAGCAGAAGCUUAACAAACAACAGUUGCAGUUACUGAAAGAACGGUUCCAGGCCUUUCUCAAUGGGGAGACUCAGAUAGUAGCAGACGAAGCCUUCUGCAAUGCAGUCCGGAGCUACUAUGAGGUUUUCCUGAAGAGCGACCGAGUGGCCAGAAUGGUUCAGAGUGGAGGAUGCUGUGCUAAUGACUUCCGAGAGGUGUUUAAGAAGAACAUAGAAAAGCGCGUGCGUAGUUUGCCAGAAAUAGAUGGCCUGAGCAAAGAGACGGUGCUGAGCUCAUGGAUAGCCAAAUACGACGCCAUUUACAGGGGAGAAGAAGAUUUGUGCAAACAGCCGAACAGGAUGACCCUGAGUGCUGUGUCUGAGCUUAUUCUGAGUAAGGAGCAGCUCUAUGAAAUGUUCCAGCAAAUUCUGGGUAUUAAGAAACUGGAACACCAGCUACUCUAUAACGCAUGCCAGCUGGACAACGCUGAUGAGCAAGCCGCCCAGAUCAGAAGGGAGCUUGACGGCCGCCUGCAGUUGGCAGAGAAGAUGGCGAAGGAGAGAAGAUUCCCCCAGUUUAUCUCAAAAGAAAUGGAGACUAUGUAUAUAGAAGAGUUGCGAGCCUCUGUGAAUUUGCUAAUGGCCAAUUUAGAAAGUCUUCCAGUUUCAAAGGGCGGUCCGGAAUUUAAAUUACAAAAGUUAAAGCGUUCCCAGAAUUCUGCGUUCUUGGACCUGGGAGACGAGAAUGAGAUCCAGCUGUCCAAGUCUGACGUGGUGUUGUCAUUCACCUUAGAGAUUGUCAUCAUGGAAGUGCAAGGAUUGAAAUCCGUGGCUCCCAAUCGAAUCGUUUACUGCACAAUGGAGGUGGAAGGAGGAGAAAAACUCCAGACAGACCAGGCUGAAGCAUCAAGACCACAAUGGGGAACCCAAGGAGAUUUCAGCACAACCCACCCUCGGCCUGUGGUCAAAGUGAAGCUCUUCACAGAAAGCACAGGGGUCCUGGCCCUGGAAGACAAGGAACUGGGCAGGGUGGUGUUAUACCCAACUUCUAACAGCUCCAAGUCAGCGGAAUUACACCGAAUGGUAGUACCCAAGAACAGCCAGGACUCAGACUUAAAGAUCAAAUUGGCAGUGCGCAUGGAUAAACCACCACACAUGAAACACAGUGGGUAUCUGUAUGCCCUUGGACAGAAGGUUUGGAAGAGAUGGAAAAAGCGAUACUUUGUUCUCGUUCAGGUGAGCCAGUACACCUUUGCUAUGUGCAGUUACAGAGAAAAAAAGUCGGAACCACAGGAAUUAAUGCAACUUGAAGGAUACACUGUGGACUACACAGACCCUCACCCAGGCCUUCAGGGUGGUCAGGUGUUCUUUAAUGCUGUUAAAGAAGGAGACACUGUGAUAUUUGCCAGUGAUGAUGAACAGGACCGAAUAUUAUGGGUCCAAGCCAUGUACAGGGCUACAGGCCAAUCUUAUAAACCAGUUCCUGCAGUUCAAAGCCAGAAGCUGAAUCCUAAAGGAGGAACCCUCCAUGCAGAUGCUCAGCUUUAUGCAGACCGUUUUCAGAAACACGGGAUGGAUGAGUUUAUUUCUGCGAGUCCUUGCAAGCUUGACCAUGCCUUCCUCUUCAGAAUUCUCCAGAGACAGACUUUGGAUCACAGACUGAAUGAUUCCUACUCCUGCCUGGGGUGGUUUAGCCCUGGCCAAGUCUUUGUGUUAGAUGAGUACUGUGCCCGCUACGGUGUGAGAGGCUGUCACAGGCAUCUGUGCUACCUUACAGAACUGAUGGAACAUUCAGAAAACGGUGCUGUCAUUGACCCCACCCUGCUCCAUUACAGCUUUGCAUUCUGUGCCUCUCACGUGCACGGCAACAGGCCUGAUGGGAUUGGAACAGUUUCAGUGGAAGAGAAAGAAAGAUUUGAGGAGAUAAAAGACAGACUCUCUUCGCUCUUAGAAAACCAGAUCAGCCACUUCAGAUACUGCUUUCCCUUCGGACGACCUGAGGGUGCUCUAAAAGCUACGCUCUCGUUACUUGAAAGGGUUUUAAUGAAAGACAUCGCCACUCCUAUCCCCGCGGAGGAGGUGAAGAAAGUGGUCAGAAAAUGUCUGGAGAAAGCUGCCUUGAUCAAUUACACUAGACUCACAGAAUAUGCCAAAAUUGAAGGGCCUGCAGAAAAGGAAACAGAGACCAUGAACCAGGCAACUCCUGCCAGGAAGCUGGAAGAGGUUCUUCAUCUCGCAGAGCUCUGCAUAGAAGUCCUACAGCAAAACGAGGAGCAUCAUGCUGAGGCAUUUGCCUGGUGGCCAGACUUACUGGCCGAGCACGCGGAGAAGUUUUGGGCUUUAUUCACAGUAGACAUGGAUACUGCACUGGAGGCCCAACCUCAAGACUCCUGGGAAAGCUUUCCCCUUUUCCAGCUGCUUAAUAAUUUCCUCAGAAAUGACACGCUUUUGUGUAAUGGAAAAUUCCACAAGCACUUACAAGAGAUCUUUGUGCCCUUGGUUGUCCGCUACGUCGACCUGAUGGAGUCCGCCAUCGCCCAGUCAAUCCACAGAGGUUUUGAGCAGGAGACAUGGCAGCCGGUCAAGAAUAUCGCCAACAGUCUUCCCAAUGUAGCUCUUCCAAAAGUUCCAAGUCUGCCUCUUAAUCUUCCACAGAUUCCUAGCUUUUCUACUCCUCCGUGGAUGGCUUCUUUAUAUGAGUCCACCAACGGCUCAGCAACAUCCGAGGAUCUGUUCUGGAAACUUGAUGCGCUACAGAUGUUUGUCUUUGACCUCCAUUGGCCAGAACAAGAAUUUGCCCACCACUUAGAGCAAAGACUUAAGCUAAUGGCCAGUGAUAUGAUAGAGGCCUGUGUCAAAAGAACAAGAACUGCAUUCGAACUCAAGCUGCAAAAGGCAAACAAAACAACUGACUUGCGCAUCCCGGCUUCCGUGUGCACAAUGUUUAAUGUAUUAGUUGAUGCUAAAAAGCAAAGCACCAAGCUGUGUGCCCUGGAUGGAGGACAGGAGUUUGGGAAUCAGUGGCAACAGUACCAUUCAAAAAUAGAUGAUUUGAUUGACAACACCGUGAAAGAAGUCAUUGCGCUGCUGGUUUCAAAGUUCGUUUCAGUGCUGGAAGGGGUGCUUUCGAAGCUGUCAAGGUAUGACGAAGGCACUUUCUUCUCAUCCAUUCUGUCCUUCACUGUGAAAGCAGCUGCAAAAUAUGUGGAUGUCCCUAAACCAGGGAUGGAUCUGGCCGACACCUACAUUAUGUUCGUUCGGCAAAACCAGGAUAUCCUUCGAGAAAAAGUCAAUGAAGAGAUGUAUAUAGAAAAGCUGUUUGAUGAUCUUCAGGACAUACGUGGACUCCUUAAACUUCAGCUCUUGAAAUGCGAUCGGGGUCCACAGUUGUCACUUGGCACAUGCCCAGGAACACGCAUCUUCGCAUGAGGCACCUGGACAUCUGCGACGGAGCCGAUAGAAUCAGCUAAUUAACAACACAGGCUUAAACAGGCACCUCAUCUGGCCGUGCAGUUAGUUGCCUGAUGGCGCUCAGCAGGACUUGGUAGUGCUUUUUAUUUUUCCAUCGUAAUGGUCUGCCGCCCGCCUAAUUUUACCUUUAUUGUCAGUCACUACUUACCGCAGCUUGGGGCCCUCCCAGGAGGCUAAAUUAUUAUCAAAGGAUUAGGGCCAUGUAGCCUUGCAGUUCUGACAUUUCUGAUUACUCGUCUAUGCCAGAACACUAAUUAGCUGUGACUAAUUAAGAAAAAUGCCCCCGCCAUAGAAAGCCAUUUAAAAGAACCGAGAAGGAGAAAAAGCAAUUCAAAAGCUGAGCAGUGCUCCGAGUGGCUGACGCUAUGUACAUUCCCACCAGAGCCUUAACUCACCUUUAAUUGUGCUCGGGCUUCCGAGGGGAGGGGGCCCUUGCAAACGGAUGGGAGGUUGUUUUGUUUUGUUUUGUUUUAAAAAAAAAGAAGAAGACGAGAAAUGUUGCGGAUACCUUAAGGUGUCUCAGCAGUGCUGGAACUGCCUCGGACAAACAGAAGGUGGCAAGGUUUCCGUGUUGAAGAAAUGUUUCUAAACACGGUGUGCAGAGUCGUACAUCUCUAGCAUACCUCGAAGCUGCUAGCAGAGCCUUGAUGGAUCGAUGGGGUGCGGCUGAAGAAAUUAAAGAGGCGUUCAGUUUAUGUACCAGCGAGGGAUGGGUAGCGAGCCAUAUGCGGAGCCACACGAAAGUAACUUAGCGUUGGUCUCCUGCUUCUGUCACCUUAGGCUUGUCUGGAGGGUCGAACCUACCUGCCCGUAGAGUCUGGUACAGACUGGCUUCUGACAGGCUGCUUGGCAUGCCUGCACAGCAUCCGGUCACUGGUAGCUUAUUAUUGAAACGCCCCGGCUCCCCUAAGACCAGCAUCUCUACCAAUUGGCCAGUGCGGGGGUGGGGGUUUGCGCAGAACUGAUAACUACUCUCCUUCCUUUCAAUUCUAACUUCGUAAGCAAAUGGCACACAUGGCUUCAAGGCCAAUUUCUGUAGUCGCGUUGUGGAUUCUCUCGCUGUGAGUCAGCUCCCUCGCAGGUCCUCCCGCAGUCCCCUCUGCAGGGCUGGCACCAUUCACUGGCGGGCACAGCAGUGUCAGCUAGGUUGCCAAUAUUGACUAAAUCCAAAUUUGGAAGGGAAAGAAAAAAACCCAUGGGGCAAAGUAGCCUUUUGGCAAAAAUCAUCGUUCAGUCUAGUCAUUGGACGUUUUGUCAGAAAUCUAAUUUUAAGAAUGAUUCGUGAACAUGCUUAUGAACAGUUAACUUACCAAGAGCCUAUAUUUCCUAAUCUCAACCUGUGCCUCAAGAAGAUAAAAUUCUAAAUUCUGCUAGCUUAAUAUAGGCAAACCAUUUGGUUUAAAAAAAAAAAAAAGGAAAGUUCCAACACCCACAUCUUCUAAAUCCUGCAUGCUGCAUUUUAAACUUCCUCCCCCUCCCCUCUCACUAGAGAACAAAAAGCAGGUACCAGCGUCCUCUCAGCAGUAAUCCUUCCUAUGCAUGAAGACUGUUAUUAAGGCACCUGUCAUACAUGUCUCCUCCUGGAGAAAUAAUCCUUAUUUGUUUAACUUCUCAUCACGGUUCCCGUUCCUAGCCCUUUAAUCAUUGUCAUGGCUGCGCUUUGAAAUUUCUCAAGGUGUUCGCUGUCGUGCUUAGAGUGGAGAUAAAGCGCCGUAUCUGAAUGUGGCUGGGCAAGAUUCCUUCAAACCUUAUUCCUACAUAUGCACUCUGAUCCUUAUAUACACACUCUACCGUCUCCUUGAACUUCUACUCCUGUAGUUCCUUCUCUUGACUUCCCUCUUAGCCUCCUACCUGCCCUUGUUUCUUGGUAGAGACCACUCCCUGAGAUGUAUGUUGUGCACACAGGGAACGAGGAGACAAACCUAGUACAUUAUCCAAUGACCACGUGUAAAGAAUGGUGGUGAACACUGCGAGUCAAACGUCAGAUGCUAACCUUAUCUCAUGUGGUUGGACUCUAGUUAGAAGAUGUUCCAACCUCUCUUUUGACCCGUUGUUUUUAUGGAAGCCUGCAUUUAUUGAUCACCUCUAAAAAACCAUUCUGUGCAAACAGGCUGGAAGCCUGAUGCUACCACGUGCCCGCCCUAAAGAGCACACAGAUUUUCCUGAGAUGUAGUUAAUUUCCACGUAGAAUGUUUUACCGUUUCGUCGUCAGAGAAGAUAUUCACAGGUAUAGUUACAGAUGGAAAGACAGUACAGGCCAGAACUGAGUCUCUCUUCAGUCUACCAAAUGGUAGUGACUUCCCUGCGCUUCAAGUAGAUGACUAGAAAACUGCCUCAGAGUUAGUUCCAACACAAUUCACACCGGGGCUGAGUGUUUCUCCACCCACUGAAGAGACCAAAAACUCAUGCCAUGGUCUCCCUUCUCUGACCUCCCUGGGUUCUUUGCUCAAAUUCCAAGAGAGCUCUCGUGCAUCCUCGAAGAGAAACCCACACUUCUACAGCUCACAAAGUCAACAGGCACAGACAUUUCCCAGACGUGUUCCUUUUCCAACUCCAUCUUCAGAGAUGCCCCAGAGCCUCAGAUAACUAGAAGAACAGGUCUCCAGAUAUCCGUAAGCAUUCUGGAGAGGCAGUCUGAUACUUGGCUGACAGUCCUAAAGCCAGUCUAGAGCUUAACACAUCUUACCAUGCAGUGCUAGAGUACCUCCAUGUAUGAGUGCACGUAGAUGGGCAUGGAAACUGUCUUAGUGUGCAGUACCUUCCCUUCAGUCAUCAGCUAACAUGAAAUGACUGUCACAAUCUAAACUCCACUUUACUAGUACGUACCAUUUCUUUAGAGGAGCACAAUUAUCUCCUUGAUGAUUCCAACAGCUUUAAUACCUAUCGGAUUUUUGCAGUGCAAGGGUCAAACCGAGGGCCUCACACAUGCAGAACAAGCACUCUACCAACGGAGCAACUUAAUAUGUCCCUAUUAAAUUCUUUUUCUACUAAUAAAACAUGAUUCAAAACAACAGUGACUCUGACUCAAUUAUGUCAUUUUUCUAUAAAAAAAAACCUCACUUCUAUUUUGUAUACACAAAUAACAUUUUAUAUUUCCAAAGAGGAAAAAAAAUCGAAAAAAAAAAUAAUCCACCAAUAAUUUUGUAAUGUGUGUUGUGUUCCAAAUACACUGCCAGGGGCUAAAGAUAGCAAUCAAAGUAAGGUUCUGUGAAUACCUUGUGGCUACUCACACCCUGAGAUAGACUUGUAACACAUUGUGUAUCAUCAUCAUCAUCAUCAUCAAUAUCAACAUCAUCAACAUCAUCAUUAUCAACAUCAUCAUCAUCAAUAUCAACAUCAUCAACAUCAUCAUUAUCAACAUCAUCAUCAUCAUCAGUAUCAACAUCAACAUCAACAACAACAACACCCACCUAGAAUAUAAGAAGCAUAAGGUACGAGGUGAGUACCCAAUUCUCCCUGGUUGGAAAUGGUAUUGUUUUCAUAGCAGACAAUGAUGAACCUCACCUUCAAUGCGAAUGUGAACACAUAUAGCCAGAGAGAGAUGGAGUUGAUGAUCCAAUUCCAGUCCAAUGGUGUUGGCAAGCACUGAGAAACCAAAGGCACAGAGAAACUCAUCAUAAGGCAGAGCCAUUGGCUCUAUGGUUUGCUGCACACCCCCUAUGGGAAUUGACUGAGACUGAGGCAGAAAGGCAGCCACUUACUCCAUUCCCUGUGCACUUUGAAGACUGGAUUUUGGAAUGUUUCCCAUUCUCUAUUUAAAAAAAAAAAACAACUCAAGUAGGAAGACCCUCAAACAGCAAACUCUCAAACUUAGCUCUUAUCUUGAAGCAUUGUACCAUUGGGUAGCAAUUCCUGAAGAUUACUGCAUGUUUUUAGGUCUUAUGUUAUUGAUUUAAAAUAUAAUAUUGACUAAAAUUGUAUAUAUAGUGUGUAAAUUGCCAUCCAACCAGAAAAAAAAAGGUUAUAGUACCCAAGAAAACCAUUCUUAAAUGAUUCGUGUGUCCAAGACUGUUACAGACACUAUUAUGACUAAAUAACAUACUGAUUUAUGCCAAACCAUUCAUUUGUUUUGUGCAAAUAGUAACCAAACCAGUAUGGCUCCCGUCUUUGGGUCCUAGGCAGAGAAGAGUGGAACAGCCACCUUUUACAUUGUAAUCACUAGCCUUUUAGCAUCAAACAAGCUACAAAAUAAACACCCAGAGGCACCUGCCUACUUUAAGAUAGUAAACAAUAUAAAAUGAUAUUGAUUUUGAUACCCUUUAUGUAGUAUAGAGUGGCUUUUAGGUUGCCUUGAAAUGAAUGAAGAGGGUCUGGGAUUAAUUCUAGAACAGUGAGCUAAACAGAGCCUCUGCACCUUGCAGUGUAUGGAGCUGGUGCUCUACCCUGGGCAGAUGAGGACCUAAUUCAGAACUUCCUCACCUGGAGUCUUCACAGACGUUUAAAAGGAGGGACUCUGCAACUCCAGUAACAGAGAAGUUUGUUUCUGCAUUUAGAAAGUGUCUAAUAGAUGCCAGCACUCUCUUGUUGGCACGUUUUACUUUAUUCUUCCUUAAAUAAGCCCAGCAUUCGGAAGGAGUAAGCAAGAAGGUCGGGGAGGGGGGGUUCAAGGUCACCCUCAACUAUAUGUGGAGCUCAAGGUCAUCCUAAACUUCAUGGGAACCAUUCUCUAAAUAAGUAAAUUAGCCAAGAAAAGGCUCAUGAUUUGCAAAACAUCAGUGUCCUGUCAUACUUAAAACAAAACAAAACAAAACAAAACCCCUUGUAAUUAUAAAACAUCAAAAAGUGUGUAUCAUCUGUUCUGUGUUUAAAGAGAGCAUGCAGAAAUCCCCAUGUAUAGAGUUCUCCUAUGCAGAUCUUUUUUUUUUCCUGUUCACUGUUCUCUUACAGUUUUAAUUAAAAAGUUAGGUUGUAGGGUUUUUGGGUUUUUUUUAGUAUUGUAAACAUUAGGCAAUAAAAAAAUUGCAAGGGGAGAUGAUGUCAGAGUUUUAUAGCAGUCAUUUGAUUUUUCUAAAGGAAUAUGGCUCUUCAAAGAAUUCCCUUAGAUUGCACAUUACAUUAGCAGAUUUAUAGAGGUUUGGCAUCUGACAGAGUUCCUCACCUUGCAAGAAACUGGUGAACAGCAAGUACUAUGUUGCGAUCAGUCGGCGGCCACCAGGAAUUAAAGGAAUUGUUUUCUUUUAUACUAUAAAAAAACCUCAAAUUGCCUUAAAGGAUUGGAAUGUUUUGCUAACAGUACAGAAAAGCUAGCUUGUUUUCGAGAAGGAAAUGCAGUAGCAAUUACAAACUUAGACUUUGGAGCCAAAAUGUAAAUUUAAAAUCUUCUAUGAUAUAUAGCUCUGAAUAAGUAAAUUGUUUAAUCACAAUCCAGUUUUCUACUUAAUUAAUAUGUAAAUAUGCAAAAUUGGUAAUAACAUCUACUUCAUCAAUGUUAACAGUUGACCUUAGUUCAUUUUAUUUGUACUUCAUAGAAAAGGUGUUUGAGGAUAUAAUCAAAAUUAUAAUAACAGUAUAAGGCUAGAAAAGUAGUUCGCAUAAUAGAGUGCUCGCCCAGCAUUCACAGUUCUGGGUUCGACCCCCAGCACUAUGGUGACACAGCCUAUAAUUGUAGCACUCAGGAGGAAUAGAAGAGCGAAUCAGAAGUUCAAGUUUACCUGUGGCUACACAGCGAGCUCAAGGCCACCCUAAAAAUCAGAAGACCCAGUCUCAAAAUAAUUAAUGGUAAUAUAAAAUUACAGCAAUAAAAAGAUCAAUCCAGACUUCUCUAACCCUACUCACCUCUUACUACACUUCAUAGUUUCAUUCUUGUGUCUGUAUUUUAUUAAGAGAAAAAAAUUAACUAAAACAAAACAACCACCAGUAGAAACCUCUAGAACUCAAAACUUUCUUGUCUCUUUAUUCUAAAAAAAAAUAAAUAAAUAAUAAAAAAAGAAUAAAGCAAUAUCCAAGCAGCAUCAAAAAGAAAAAAGAAAAGAGCCCUGAAAGAAGGAGAAUGUCAUGGUUUAACUUUCUCUUUAAGCUUAGUCUUUGUGCCUUUUCCCGAAACAAUCAAUCUGAUUUCACAAUAUUUUUCUUCCGUCGUUGGGAACAGAGUACAGGGUCCCAUGCAUGCUAAGCAAGUGGUCUACCUAGAACUGUGCGCCCGGCCCCCAGAUGACCAGCAUUUCUACAGAGCCAUUGUGUUAGAUUAGUUUAUACAAUCUGCACCUCCUCAUACAGGUGAGAAAACCGAGGCACUGACAAUUCAUCAGACCAGCUCACUUGAGCGAACAGAUUAAGGGGCUUGCACUGCCUUAGCUCUGCCCUCCUUCCUGGGGACUGUUUUCUUUUCCUCUGGUGCAUGAACACCAGCCCUCAGCUACCUUAACCAGGAGAUGCUCUUACUCCAUCCCGUCCUCCGUGACCAUCUCUGUGCCUAACUGACAGCUAUAUGUGUGUGGGUUGGGCUGAACACAUCCUCCGUUUUCAGCUGUAAUACAUAGCUUUCAGUUUUCCUUAAAUACAGCUCUUCGCCCUUUUCCAAGCUAACACACAACUAUAAAGGGCUCUGCCUGAGACUUAGAAUCAUGUUUUGGGAUCCGUUCUGUGACUCUGGAUACGAUAGUUUAUGUGGGAUGCCUUGAAUUAGGGGUGGGAAAUGGGAUUAUCCCGUCCGGCUUACAUCAAUGUUACAUUUGCAUUUGAGUCUUUGGAAACAGGAAGUGAGUGAAAUAGACCCAUAAUUUAGUUAUUAAGUAGAGGGGCUGCUGGCAGAAGUAACAAUGGACAGCCAAUAGAGCGUGCAUGUUUUCAGUGUGCUGCUAAAACUGUAGGAUAUCAGUGUAUAUAAAUGUUUGUUUCUCUGGUAGAGCCAAUCAGUGGUUCUAGAGAGUGGCUUAUAAUUCACUCAUACCAAAGCCUUCAACAUUAAAAUAAUAAUAAUAAUAAUAAUAAUAAUAAUAAUAAUAAUAAUAAUAAUGUUCUUUAAUUCAGUUGAGCUACUGGAGUUUAAAGAUUAUGUUUCCGAAAAUGAGGUUUUGUGGGGUUUAUUCCAUUUCAAGCGAGUGAUUGAGCUCUUUAAAACAGCUUCCCUUGUUUAAACAAAGAAACACAUGCUCAGUCUGGAGUCUAGCCAUUCUAUCACUCCUUAGUGCCCUGAAAAGUGUUGGUCCUUCCUUCCUCCUUCUUUCUCCUUCCUUCCUCUACCCUCCUUCCUAAUUCCUUCCUUCCUCCUCUUUCCCUUCUUCCUUUCUCCUUCCUUUUUUCUUUUCUGUUCUUUUUUUUUCAACCUAUUGAGACAAGCCUAGCUGGAGAAGGAUGGAAAUAUACCAACUAGUUGCGUCAAUUCGUAAUCAAUAAGAAAAUCUAAACACUUAAGCAGAAAGCACAUCACAGAUCGGAGCCACGCGAAGCGGCGGUUUUUGCUUGGCCAUCCCCAUCAGAAGCUGCAUUCUGCCAGAAAUCAUUUGCUUGGA